UGUUGUGAUUGUGUCUGUCGACCGCCCGAUAAAAAAAGAAUUAUUGGAGCGACGCCACCAUCGGGUGAAGUGUGUUCGCAGAUAAUUGGAUACGCGUCAUCGGCUGUCGUACUCAGCGGACAGAUUUAGGUCUUUCCACAAGAGCCCGAGAGGAAAAAAAGAAAAGAAAAGCAAAAUGGAUCCGCGGAAAGUGACCGAGCUGAAGGCCUUCGUGCAACUGUGCGAAACAAAUCCCGCUAUGCUGCACUUGCCCGAGAUGGAAUUCCUCAGGACUUGGCUGCAGGGCAUGGGUGCCACAAUUCCACCACCACCUAAGACGGGGGGGACUUGCAAGGGUAGCUGUCCAUGUGGCCCUUCACCCACCUCUGCUCCACCUCCUGAGCCUCCCGCCUCCUCUGAGAGUGAGGAGAGUGAAAUAGAGAUUGACAACGAAGGGGUGAUCGAACCAGACAUAGAUGAACCUGAGGACAUGGGAGACUUGGAAAACUUGGAGAUCACGGAGGAGAUGAUGGACCAGGCCAAUGAGAAGAAGAUGGAAGCCAUUAAUGCACUGGGAGAGGGUGAUUUACAAAAAGCCUUGGACCUUUUCUCUGAAGCCAUUAAGCUCAACCCCCGUGUGGCCAUUCUUUAUGCUAAGAGGGCAAGUGUCUACAUCCAGAUGCAGAAACCCAAUGCAGCCAGGAGAGACUGUGACAGAGCAAUCAGCAUCAACCCGGACUCUGCACAGCCUUACAAGUGGAGGGGAAAAGCUCACAAGCUGCUGGGUCACUGGGAGGAUGCAGCCAAAGAUCUGGCCACAGCCUGCAAACUGGAUUAUGAUGAGGAUGCCAGCGCUAUGCUGAAGGAGGUCCAACCAAAGGCCACCAAAAUCAUCGAGCACAGACGUAAGUAUGAGCGUAAACGGGAGGAGAAGGAGAUAAAUCAGAAGAAAGAGAGAAUAAAGAAAGCCAGAGAGGAACAUGAGCGGGCUCAGAGGGAGGAAGAGGCCAGACAAGCUGCUGGAGGAGGUGGCGGCUUCCCAGGUUUCCCAGGUGGUGCUGGAUUCCCAGGUGGUGCUUCCUUUGGUAUGCCUGGAAUUGGAGAUUUCUUGAAGGACCCAGAAGUGCUCAAUGCCAUGAAAGACCCGGAGAUGAUGGCCGCCUUCCAGGAUGUUGCACAGAACCCGGCUAACAUUGCCAAGUACCAGGGCAACCCCAAGAUCAUGGCCCUCAUAACUAAGCUGAGCGCCAAGUUUGGAGCCCCACCACAGUCCUAAGGGGGAGGAAGAGGUGGAGGCCAAAAGUUUGCUUGGGGGAGGAGGAGAAGAUGGCAAGAAGAAUGAUGGAUAUGGCCAAAUGAUUUGGAGAGCCACAAUGCUUCAUAACAAUUAUUCUAGCAUGUAUGGAUCAAAUGAGGGCAGGGUGACAUUUUCAUAGACAUGAAAGGAUGAUGUCACGAGGUCAGAAGAAAGACGUGCACAACGUUUUGUACCACAUUAGGGGACACACUGCAAAAUUAUCCAUCUUAAGUCAAGUAUUUGCAUAUUGAGUCUUAAAAGCCUGUUUUUUUUCUCAAAAACGGUAAAGAGAUCUGAGAGCAGAGUGGGACAGUUUCACUUGUUUCCAUAAAGAUCCACCUUAUUCCCCCCCCCCCCUUUCAAGUAUUUUCUAUCCUGAUGGUAGUGGGUUGAUAUGCCUUAUUUCAAGAGAAUUUCACCUUUUUUUUCCCCCCACAUCCGACACUUGAAACUGCAGUUGGGAAAAGUUCGAAUGCUCUCACUCCAUUGUCUUAUUUUUUUACUUGGUUUUAGGAAGUGGUAGCUAAAACCUGGUUUUUGCAGUGUGGGGCAACAUCAAUUCUCAAGGUACAGUCUGUUAGCACGUAAAGAUGACUAAACCAGACCCGACAGGAUCUCAUUUAGAAUCCCGCUUGACUUGUCGCGUCCAUCCCCUCAGUUUUGGGCUUUGCUUAACCACAGGUAAAUCUACUUGUGACAUUUAUCUGAUCCAGCUCAACUGCAUCUAGCCACUAGCGCAGAUGAACAUUUUUACAGCCAUUUCCCCACUGAUAAUGGGUCGUAAUGGGUCAUCUACUGGUGUUUUCUCUUAAGAGUGAGCCAACCAAACACAAUGGCUGGUACUUUUCUAUAAUCAGAUUUUCUGUAAAACUUAUUUUUCCUCAGGUUUUCCAAUGGUUUUUGGUUUUUUUUCCUCACCUUCGUUGUAAGGUUUACUUGUUCCUUUGUCUUUUCUUCCAAAUGCAAAAAAAAUAGAUUUUUGAAUUUGAUCAAUCCACAAAAAUAAAUGUUUUGUUGUUGCAAUGUGCUGUCUUUACUUUUUUUUUCUUUCGGUG